AUGGCAUUAAAACAAAAUUACACGAAUAACUUUCAAGAAGAUGGAAUGAAUGGCUGGGCAUACCUUUUUCCAUUGUUUUCAAACACUCUCAGACCAAUCAAACUUGUUGGUGAUGUCUCAUUUUACGGAAGAGAAGCACAUGAUAAUUUCACAGAAGGAUUUAUCUUUACCGCUGAACAUAUCAAACAUCACUUUGAUUCAAUUAGCAGAAACCAUUUUCGAAUUCAAAGAGAAAAAUCAUCAGGAAAUGAAAUUAAUUUAAGCCCAGCUGUUCUCCAUGUAACAGGUUUAAAUGGAUUAAUUUUGAAUUUUGAAAGGCUUUCACAAGGAUCUUCCAGAAUGCUUAAAAAUGGAGACGUCAUUAAAUUGGUUUUGAGCUUCAGCUUGUUUACCUUCAUCGAUAGAAGAAACUUUGAAACUUUCGACUAUCCUGAGAUCUUAUUAGACAAAUACUGUUUUGGUUCCAUAAUUGGAAGNGAGUGUGAAGAUAUUGAAACCAAAAUUGGUCAGAUUUGA